CAGCAGUGACCAGAGAAUCAGGUUUCUCAGACCCAGUAGUGAGAGAGAGGGGAGGAGAGAGGAGGCUGAGCCAGAUUUCCCUUCAGACACUCCCAGGCUUUAAAGGCCUUGAGCUCAGCUAAAAGGCCCUGGACUCUCGUUGAUUCUGGAUCUCAGCGUACAGGCCAGUGUGACAUACACACCUCCCUUAACCUUAUCCCGGGUCCUACCCACCCAUAUCUGAGGCCAGCUGUCUCCUUAAGAGUAUGCACCUCUGGAGGUCGAACUCAUAAUAUUCCUGGUGAGAACUGUACUUUUGCGGUGCAUUUCCAUUGGCAUGAUUCAAGAAUAGCAAUGGAUCCUGAAGGUUCACGCAUCGAAGAUGACCCAGAUGUCAAGGUGAUGAUGGCAGGGUCGACUCUGAAAAAGGUCAAGUCCCGGUCGUGGAAGAAGCAGCGGCAUUUCCGCCUUCUGGAGGACGCCGUGACGAUCUGGUACAAGUCCAGAUGGGCAGGGAAAGGCCACUCCACUUUCUCAAUAAGUGAGGUGGAGGCUGUGCGCGAGGGCCACCAGUCGGAGGUCCUGCAGAGCACCGCUGAGGAGUUCCCCGCUGAGCUCUGCUUCACCUUGGUCUUUCACGGUCGCCAAGGCAACCUGGACCUUGUGGCCAAGACGCCCGAGGAAGCCAAAGCCUGGAUCGAGGGAGUGCGCAAGCUGAUUCACAAAGCUCAAACGAUGGAUGAGAAGGAGAGGCAGGACCAGUGGAUCCGCGACUGGUUUCAGAAAGCUGACAAAAACAAAGAUGGGAAGAUGAAUUUCAAAGAGGUGCAGACACUGCUGAAGAUGAUGAAUGUGGAAAUGAAUGAGGACCAUGCUUUGAAUCUGUUCACGAAGGCUGACAAGUCGGAGAGUGGAUCUUUGGAAAUCGAGCAGUUUGUCCAUUUCUAUAAGAUGCUGACCCAGAGGGAUGAAGUGUGGAAGGUGUUCCAGGACUACUCUGGAGAUGGAGAGAAGUUGCUGUUGGAGGAGCUGGAGACCUUCCUGAGCAUGGAGCAGCACGAGGGAGGGCAGAGUUACCAGCUCGCCAAGAUGCUGAUCGACCGCUACGAACCAUCUGAAUCUGCCAAGAAGCAACGCAUCAUGUCGUUAGAUGGCUUCCAGAUGUACCUGUGCUCACAGGAGGGCUCCAUAUUUAAACCUAAGCAUCUGGAUCUUUACCAGGACAUGAGCCAGCCACUUAGCCACUACUUCAUCUCCUCCUCACACAACACCUACCUCCUGGAGGACCAGCUGCUAGGACAGAGCAGCCUGGAGGCAUACAUCAAGGCCCUGAAGAGAGGCUGCCGUUGUGUAGAGGUGGACUGCUGGGACGGCAGUGAUGGUGAACCCAUUGUGUACCAUGGUCACACUUUUACUUCCAAGAUUCUUUUUAGAGAUGUAAUUUCAACUCUGAAGGAAUACGCGUUCAAGGCAUCGGACUUCCCAGUCAUUCUGUCUCUUGAGAAUCACUGUGGUGUGGAGCAGCAGACAGUCAUGGCCCAGCACCUUAGCAAAAUCCUGGGUGACACACUACUGACCACCCUUCUGGAUGGGCAGGUCCCUCAACAGCUUCCUUCUCCACAGGAACUGAAAGGCAAGAUUUUGCUGAAAGCCAAGAAGCUUAACAAUCCAGAAGACUGUCUCGAUGAAACCCAAACAGAUGAAGUUAGUGACGAAGAAGCAGAAGAUGCAGAGAGCCCGACUAAAGGGAACCCACCUGCUAGGAAGAAGUCCAAACUGUCCAGGGAGCUGUCGGACUUAGUGGUUUACUGCAAGAGUGUGCACUUCCGUGACUUUGAGCAUGCUCGUUCACACGCCAAAUGUUAUGAGAUAUCCUCGUUCUCUGAGAACAAGGCCCAGGCACGUGCUAAGGACGAAGGAACAGAUUUUGUGCGGUACAACACUCGGCAGCUGAGCAGGAUCUACCCCGAUGGCUUAAGGACCAAUUCCUCUAACUACAACCCCCAGGAGAUGUGGAAUGUGGGCUGCCAGAUAGUGGCUCUGAACUUUCAGACAGCUGGUCUGGAAAUGGAUCUGAAUGAUGGGCUGUUCAGGCAGAACGGCUGCUGCGGCUACGUCCUCAAGCCUGACUUCAUGAGAGACGGCAACACUCAGUUCAGUCCAGACAAACCCGAGGAGCGGCAAGGCUACAAACCCCUCCGCUUAUCCAUACAGGUGAUAAGUGGGCAGCAGCUACCAAAGGUGAAUCAGAAAGAAGGCUCUAUUGUAGACCCCCUGGUCAGAGUGCAGAUCUUUGGAGUGCCAGGGGACCAGGACAUGAAAGAGACCCCUUACAUUAACAACAACGGUUUUAACCCAGUGUGGGAUGAAACUUUAAAUUUUGUCAUCCACACCCCCGAGUUGGCCCUGGUUCGCUUUGAGGUGGAGGACCACGAUAGGGCGUCAAGGAACGACUUCAUUGGACAGUUCACUCUUCCAUUUAUGUGCAUCCAAGCAGGAUAUCGUCACAUACAUCUGCUCUCCAAAGAUGGAAUAGCUAUCCCUCCCGCCUCCCUCUUUGUCAACAUCAGCAUCUCAGAGCUCCCAUGAAGAAGUCAAAUCUGAGGAUAUGAAGCCAGAGGCGCUCCUGUGUCUGUGGCUGACGAAGGAUGCGUACAGGAUACACCAAUACUUUUAUCAGAUAUUGGGCAUUUGCAAGACAAGACAAAAAAAGUUUUCGGUAACUUAAAAUAUCAAUGCUUGGAUAACAUGUCAGAUAUCUGACUUUGUUUCUCAGCAUUAUUCACUCAAAACAAGAUAUUGGAUGAUUGCAGUAGAGUACUCUAUUCAAAUAGAUUGAAUCAGAUAAAGGGACUCAUUUUAAAAUAGGGUUGAUGCAUUUCCUUUACAAAGAAAUUAGACCACUACUAAGAAACAGGGUCAAAAGAUAUCAUGUAGUACUAUAAGCAUUUUUUAAGAAAGAUGUCUGUAUUUAUUUAGUUUGCAAUUAUCAAUUCAACUUUGUAUGUAAAUAUCGACCGCAAACUUUUAAUUGUCAUUGUCUGAGAAUGAAGGAACUUGAAGGAUUGCUGCAUGUCUAGAAUGUCUAAAUAUACCGUUUGCCUUUAAGUGUACUGUAUAUGCGGAAGCAACAGUACCUAAAAUAACUGAAAGUGUAAUAAUAGAAUGUUGCAUCAUGUUGGGAUAAUCUAAUUUCUAUUUACUAAUGUACAAAUUCCACAAGGGUAUGUUGUGUAUAAUAUAAAUGUUUGUGUAUAUAUAGGCCUGUAAAUACAUGCAAUACAUUUUCUGAAUGUUUCAACAUUCAACA